AUGAACGUUGAUGAAGCUGUGGCAAUACAAGCUAUCAUAUUUGAGUCUUCAAGCAGUUCAAGCAGUGAUAGUGAUAUGGAGGAUGAAUGGAAUUUAAUAUUGAACGACAAUGAGCGUGGCUAUCAAAAUGAACGAAGGCCUCGGGUACAAAAUUUCAUUGAAAAUGUAAUUUAUAGGUACACUGAAAAGGAAUUUCAGGAACAUUACAGAAUGAAUCGCACAACUUUUUAUUAUUUACUACAUCUAAUAAGGCCAAGUUUAAUGGGUGAAGUAUUGGGAUUUGGUAAACUGCCGAUUCCUCCUGAAAAACAAUUAUUUAUUACAUUAUAUGUGCUUGGAUCCCCAGAUUCUUAUAGAUCAGUUACUACAAAGUUUGAUGUGGGCAAAGCUACAGCCUGGCGAGCACUGCUUCGUGAUGUGAAUGCUAUCUGCCAAUAUAGAAAUUAUUUCAUUCGUUGGCCUUCACAAAAUGAAGUGAUUUCUACUUUUAAUAGAAUCGAGGCAAGGUAUGGAUUUCCUAAAGUACUAGGAGCUGUAGACGGAACACACAUACAAAUUGCUGCUCCAAAAAGAGACUCUCAAAGUUACAUAAAUCGCAAAAGUGUGCAUUCCAUCCAGUUACAAGUCAUUUGUAAUGAUAGACUGGAAUUUAUCCAUUGUUAUGUUGGACUUCCAAGAUCUGUACACGACAUGAGAGUUUUCAAGUACUCUGGAGUACAGCAGAGAUUUAAUUCGCAAUGUUUCCCUCAAAAUAGCCAUUUAUUAGGCGAUUCAGCGUACAGUAUACAAAAUCAUGUGAUGGUACCUUAUCGUGAUGAUGGGUAUCUGACUCUUGAUCAAAUCCAUUUCAAUAGAAUACUCUCUGGAACAAGAAUGAUGGAGAAAGGUCUAUAG